AUGUUGUCGCCAGGAGAGAAUUUCUUUGAUUUAUGGGUUGGCAAAGGAGAGUAUCAACCUGCUGAGUUAGUUUCUUCAUAUAAGACUUCUACACAAUUAAAUUUGGAUCUUGGAAGUCUAUUGACAUUUGUUACAAUUGAUUUCUAUGAUCAUGAAACGCAACAUACAAGUGUAUCAGAAGGAACAUCAUGCUUUUAUAAUUUAUAAAUAAGUUUUAAGGUUGAUGCUGAUGCUAACUUCAUUCAAUACCUUGAAAGCAAUUAUUUGAAACUAGAACUUUAUGUUAGUUAAGGCAGUGAACCUACAAAGAUUGGGUCAGGUUUGAUUUAAUUGAAGGACUUAGUUUAUGAGAAUAAGAAUGACACUAUAAGUAAAGUUAUUAGUGGAUCUCUUACUUUUCAUGGGGAAUCAACAAUUAGAUGA